AUGGGCUGGCACGAAGACUUUUUGGACAACGGCUAUGCUGUCAUCCCGUCUGUCAUAGCCAGAGAGGAAGCCGAGAAAUACCAGCAGGCAGCCCUGGACUGGUUGAAGUCAUUCGAUAACCCGGAACUCGACUUAUCUGACCCAUCGACGUGGACUCCGUCGAAUCUGCCAUUCAUUUCUGAGAUCAACACCUGCAACCACUAUGGCGUUGUCCACGAACGUUUCAUGUGGGACAUCAGGCUCGAACCGCGUGUCAUUGAAGUCUUCUCCAAACUGUGGAAGACCGACGAGCUUCUCGUGUCGUUUGAUGCUCUGAACAUCACCCUUCCCCGUCGCCCAGGCCAUGUUCCAAGAAAGAAAUGGCCGCACGUGGACCAGUCGCCGUAUAGGAAGGGCCAAGAAUGCGUGCAGGGCAUCGUGAACCUGUCAAAGGCCGGCCCAGACGAUGGCGGUCUUACCGUGCUGCCAGGCACUCACAAAAUCACAGAAGAGUUCUUCCGUGAGCACACUGACAAGUCAACGUGGACAAGAAGAGACUUUUACCGUUAUUCAGAUGAGGAGAUAGCAUGGUUCACGGAGCAGGGAUAUAAAGAACACAAGGUAGAGGCUGAGCCGGGCGACUUAAUCAUUUGGGACUCUCGGCUGGUUCAUUUCGGCGCUGAGCCAACUGAGCGGAGUUCGGUAAUUCGAACGGUAGUGUAUGUAUCAUAUGCACCGGUGUCUUUUGCCACAGAGGAGGCACUAGAUGCAAAAAGGAAGGCCUUCGAGCAGUGGUUGGCAACCACGCAUUGGCCUCAUGACAACAUUUUGCUGAGGCAAAAUCAGCCGUUAUUGCCGGAUGGCACAGUCGAUACCCGUAGAUCGGAGCCGCGUGAGAAACCGAUCCUCACGAAGAAACUGUUAAGACUUGCCGGUGUAGAGGCUUAUUAG